UUUAGCGUUUUGCAUGAAAGUUUUACUCUUAGUGUUAAAACAGUGACGCGUGGCAUAGUUUUCUAGCAGAUACGAGGAGGAGUAAACAAGGAAAGCAAAGCACACUCUGAAAACGUGACCCAGAAAAGGUUAUAUAAGCGGCGCUCUGAGCCAAUCCGCGCGCGCCUGUGUGUGCGCGUGCUUUAGUGGGAGGCGAUGUUGACACAGAAAGAGACGCGCAGCAUGGCGACGAGUUUACCCCAUGAUUUACCCUUGGACUGCAGAUCCACUUCUUAUUCGGGAAAUCCGUGAGGUUCGGUGUGUUUUAACUUCAUUGCAGCUGCACGGGGAAGUAGCUAAAUAUCUGCGUGUUGUAUAAUGUUUUAAUUUAACUCGCUAUUUUAGGCGUAUAUCCGGUCUUAAAAUAAAGCGCUUCACGUCUUUAGCAGCUGCUAAACCCAAGUUUUACCGAAUGAUUUGAACACUGGAUUACAGAUCUAAGGCUAAAUUGUGGUGUUUUUCGUCUUUUCGCUUUACUUUCUGAUCACACAUGCCACUUUUACACGGAAGACACUAUUUUGUUGAAAGAUUAAUGGAGCAGGGUUAAGGGCAACCAGUCGAGCGCUUCUCAUCUUGAAUCCCAAUUUGGACAUACAUGGACCCUUCACUUUUGGGCAUUUGCAGCGUCUUUUGAGCAUCUGGAGCUUUUAUCUUCUCACGAGUUUCGUUCUACAAAAGGCUUCAAUAUGGUGGUGAACACCAUCCACUGGUUUAGGAAAGGCCUGAGGCUUCACGACAACGCGGCUCUGAGGGACUCCAUCCGCGGGUCCGACAGCCUCCGCUGCAUCUACAUCCUGGACCCCUGGUUCGCGGGCUCCUCCAACGUGGGCAUCAACAGAUGGAGGUUUCUUCUGCAGUGUUUGGAGGAUUUGGAUGCCAGUCUCCGAAAACUCAACUCCCGUUUGUUUGUCAUUAGAGGACAACCAACAGAUGUCUUCCCUCGCCUCUUCAAGGAAUGGCAGAUCAAUCGUUUAUCAUACGAAUAUGACUCAGAACCAUUUGGCAAAGAACGUGACGCUGCGAUCCAGAAACUGGCCUGUGAGGCGGGAGUGGAGCUGAUGGUGCGCAUCUCCCACACACUCUACAAUCUGGACAAGAUCAUAGAGCUGAACGGUGGUCAGCCUCCGCUCACGUACAAGCGCUUCCAGGGCCUCAUUAACCACAUGGGGCCUGUGGAGCUGCCAGCAGAGACCAUCACUGCAGAGGUGAUCCGGACCUGUGUCACUCCCAUCGGCCACGACCAUGACGACAAGUACAGGGUGCCAUCACUGGAGGAACUGGGCUUUGAGACCGAGGGCCUGGUGACAGCGGUGUGGCCCGGCGGAGAAACUGAAGCCCUCAUGAGGCUGGAGCGGCAUUUAGAGAGAAAGGCAUGGGUAGCAAACUUUGAGCGUCCACGAAUGAAUGCAAACUCUUUACUUGCCAGUCCCACCGGUCUAAGCCCAUACCUGCGCUUUGGUUGUCUCUCCUGUCGUCUUUUUUACUUCAAACUCACCGAUCUUUACAAAAAAGUGAAAAAGAGCAGCCAUCCGCCACUCUCCUUAUACGGCCAGUUGUUAUGGAGGGAGUUUUUCUACACAACCGCUACCAGCAACCCGUGCUUUGACAAGAUGGACGGGAACCCGGUGUGCGUUCAAAUCCCAUGGGACAGAAAUCCAGAGGCGUUGGCGAAGUGGGCAGAGGGCAGGACGGGUUUCCCCUGGAUCGAUGCCAUCAUGACCCAGCUGAGGCAGGAGGGAUGGAUCCACCACCUGGCACGGCACGCUGUGGCCUGUUUCCUGACCAGGGGAGACCUCUGGAUCAGCUGGGAGGAGGGCAUGAAGGUUUUUGAAGAGACGCUCCUGGACGCAGACUGGAGCGUGAACGCCGGCAGCUGGAUGUGGCUCUCGUGCAGCUCGUUUUUCCAGCAGUUCUUUCACUGUUACUGUCCUGUUGGAUUCGGACGCCGCACGGACCCCAAUGGAGACUUCAUCAGGCGGUACUUGCCCAUUUUGCGAGCGUACCCUGCCAAGUACAUCUACGAUCCUUGGAACGCUCCCGAAGACGUGCAGAAGGCUGCCAAGUGCAUCAUCGGACUCCAUUAUCCAAAACCAAUGGUGAACCACGCAGAGGCCAGCUGCAUUAACAUCGAGCGAAUGAAGCAGAUUUAUCAACAGCUUUCGUGCUACAGAGGGCUGGGCCUUUUGGCAACAGUUCCUGCAAAUCUCAGUAAUGGCACGAGUCAAGGUCCGGUGGGUCCUGUGGAGGAGCCCUCAGUGCUGGAGAGACCACCCAGAACAGAGAGACCACAGUCGGCCCAGAAACGACGCCACGAAGAGCCCCUGACCGAAGGAAACGCGAAGUCCUGGAGGCCGAGUAAAUAGUAUUUUCACAACAAAGAGACACCACGUGGACUUUUCACGCACAGACCUCCAUCACCUCAACGCAAUAAGGAGGGUCUGUCCAAAAAUCAAUGACCAAUAGUUAAGCUAAAAGAGGGAGGAACAGACUGGUACAAGAAAGUUUUUAAUGGUUCUUAAAACGGAAGCACAGGUGAGCCACAACAUAUACAGGUGUUUUAAAGUUUUUUUGUUUUUUUUUAACAAACCACCCCCAUGUCACACAAGACGAGAUAGAAAUACAAUUGUUUCCCGUAAAUGUCAAAGGUGCAUUGUGUAACUUUUCUGUUGGAGGCUUUGUCAAAUAAUUUUGGAGAUGUUAUUUCUUUGUCUGGAAUGAUUCACAGUAUGAUAUUAAACCUUUCUAUCUUCAUGGAAACCAAACCAGGCCAAGUUACAGGUCAGAACUGUGAAAAGGCAACCGCACUCCACUGUCAGAAUGCCUUUUUCUAGGUAUUUUUGAGCUAUUAAACCACCUGUAAUUGAAUCAAUUUAAAGUAGAGCUGUUUAAUGUCAUACUGUCAUACAAGAAGAUGACAGACCAUCAACCAAAAUGUUCCACAGUGCACCUUUUUAAAGUUUUAAUCCUGUCAUGUCUUUAGGCAAAACAGUCUUCCACAGUACAAGUGAUUCCGUUACCAUACGCAUUAUUAUACCUUUCUAAUUUGAUAUUUUUGUCAAGGUCUUUGUGAAAAAUAGAAAAAAUUUGUAUGUCUUUUGAUUCGUAUUUGUGACAAUAUAUCCUCAAGAGGGAGUCACUAGAUCGAAAUGAUGAUGUUUGUUUUUAAUGCGGUCGCUAAAGUCGUCAAAGUUUAGAUAUUUGCUCUAUUGUAUUGACUCCAAAUAUUGUAUUUGUUUAUUCGUAGUAUCACGUCACUUUAUGAGGCUCUUGUGUUGACCUGUCCACAAAAUCUGAUGCACGAUGUAUUGGUAAGGAGAAAUAUUGUGAUAAAUUAGAAUACUGAAAAUUUGUGUUUUCCAAUACUAUUUUUAGGGGAUCCUAUCCGAUACUAGUCCAAUAUAAUAAUGUGAAGAAGUACUUUUAAAAGAGAAAAACAAAAUCUAAAAGGCUAUUUAUUUAUUAAAGAAAUGAAAGAAUCAAUAAGAUUUUGAGGAAUAAAAUAUUAGUGAAAUGUAUAAUCAUCUAGACGGUAAGUAGUGCUGAUUUAAGAUGAUUUAAGCACUUAUACUUUCUACCACUGCGGAUAAAAACAACAAAGAGGCCUGUAAGAAGAUGUUGAUCCUCGGAGCACAUGGCUACUUACGCAACCGAAACCUUUUAACCUAGGGUGACCAGACUUCCCUGUUUACCUGGGACAGUCCCAGUUUUGAGCCCUGGGUCCCCUGUCCCAGUAGAUUUAUACAAAACUGGUGAUUUAUCCCAGUUUUAUCCAAGAAAUGUCCCAGGUGUCCCUAUUUUUGACCAAUCUGAUCUAAACCAGGACUAAACUAAGACUAAAUCAGGACUACAUCGGUUCUAAACCAGGAGUAAAACAGGACUAUCACAAUUUCUGACUCAUCUGAUCCCUGCCAACGAGGAGCAUAAAUUAUUAUUUGUUUAGCCAAAAUACAGAAAUCCAUGUUUGCAAAUGACUGUUAAGACCCAAAGGGCAACAUAUUUAAGGUGAGCGGGACAGACAGACGUAUUUCUAGGCUCUGCACAGCCACGCAAAAAUAAACUAUAAAAAAAGAUUAAGACAAAAGUACUAAUUACGAAACUUAUGACAAAAAGGAAACAAAAAUAACUGAUGGCCAAAACAAUGACCAUAAAGCAAAAAAAUCCCAAAAAACAUGCAGUUUCAGAGCCCCUCAGAUUAUGACUGACACAAGAAAGUACAAUGUUAGGCAAGGCAAGGCAAGUUUAUUUGUAUAGCACAAUUCGUACACAAAGUAAUUCAAAGUGCUUUACAGAAUAAGAAAUACAUUAAAAUCAUAAUAAAAACAAGUUAUUGUUACAUGUUACACACUCUUUUCACAGUUUUAUUUAUACCAACCGUCCCAACCCCAGUGUGUCCCAGUUUAGAAUUUUGAAAAUCUGGUCACCCUAUGUUAAACUGUUCUUAUAAGCCAGCGAGGUAAACAGCAGCGGCUUGUCUACAGGUCCUCAUUCAGGAAAAUACACAGUGAUAUCGGUUCAGUGAUUUGGUCUGAGUACUCGCCGACAUGAUACCUGGAGAAAAAAAAGGUGCAGUACCAGAGCUUUUGUUGUUAUCGGUAUCGGAGCAACCCUAAAUAAUCCUGGUAAACCAAUUUUUGAAUACAGUAUUAUUAAAAUGUAUUGUGUCUCUACAGCGUGUGCAACUUAUCUGUUUGAGGGUCCGUCAAACACUUUUCUUCAAGGAGAUGUUAUUGCUUUGUCCAGAAUGUUUCACAGUGUUGCGUUAAACCUUUCUGUCUUCAUGGAGACCAAAGUUACAGGUCAGAUCUGUAGAGAAGCGACCCCGCUCUCAGUCAGAAUGCCUGUUUUUCAAGGUGUUUUGGAGCUAUAAAUGUAAAGUAGAGCUGUUUAAUGUCAUAAUGUCGAACAUUCCAGACAGAGCAGUGACAUAUCCAUAGAAACAAAAACGUGACGGGACCCCCAACCAGAAAAGUUAGACAAUGUACCUUUAAAAUUUUGUGUUAUUACUUAAAUAUGGCAAAAAUCUCCCCACUAUUGUAAAGAAAAAAGAACCCACGAUAAAUAUUGAGCCCCAAAAUAUAUAGUUCCAGCUGUUGUAUAUUAAACGAUAUGUUAAUGUAGUAACUAUGGUGACGGGCCUGCUCUUGUGUUUGUCUAAGUUUGGCCGUAGUCUUGUGUUUACUGCUUUAAUAUCCCUGAUUUUAUAUAUUAUCAAAAACACUUUAGCUCCCCUUUGAUCCCACAGCCAUGAAAUUAACGAUACGCCACCAGUUAACCAUUUCCAUUUUCUCAUUUACUGCCUGUAGACAAAGGUCAUAUUACAGUAUACAGAUUAGAGAGUAAUCUGGGCCUGUUGAAAGGUAACGGUGUUUGAAAGGGUGUUGUACCUUUUUGUACAUAAUUGUUUCAGUCUAAAACUUUUGCAUAUUUUGCCUCAGGGCAGCUGUACAUAUUUUCAACUGCUCUGUAAAUGCUUGUCAUUUUGUCUUGUGGUUUUAAAUCUAUUAUUUUUGUAUAAAAUAAACCAUUGAAUGUGCUUGAAUUGCAAAUAAACAUGGCAUAAACAUU